CACAGAGAAAGGAAGCGGGCGGCAAUGGCGGACGCGGGCUCCCCACCCAACAGAUGUUGCCCUAUAUGCCUUCACUCCCUCAAUCAAAACUCUUACCUCGACACUUGCUUUCGUGACAUUGGUUCAUGCUGAUUAAUUAGAAUCAAAGGAUUCCCGUUUCGAGACUAUGAGCAUUCAUUAAUUAUAUUGAGAAAAGCUCCUUUUCUGGGCUCAGAUUUGUGGAAUUUAAGUCUUUUUGGUGAUGCCCCUCACUUGUGGUGUUCUGAUCUUUGGAUGGGGAGAGGUGUUUAAAGAUGAAUUCUGCUACAACUGUAUCACUCGUUGGGCUAAUGUGGCUGCUAGCCAAUGCCAUGAGUCGCAAAAAUCGAUACAAUGUCCUCUUUGCAAGACAGAAAAUUUCUCCAUAAUACAUGGCUAUGGGGACAUUUCUUUUCAGCGCCAUUACAUAGGCAUGGAUCAUAAGAAGAGCUUCACUCUCUCAGAAGCCCACAGAUUUAGAUUGCAGUGCUAUUCAAGGGAACCAGGUGCUCUAUGUAAGGAAAUCGAUGUUAUGAAGUACUGGAAGUCAAAGGGGUUCCUACGGAAAACCCGGUGGUUGCAAAGUUGGGUACAAAGGGAAAUACAAGCGCUCAUUCAUGAGGAAGAUGUUGAUAUCAUUGUGCAUCAUAUCUUGGGUGUUAUUGAGUCAUUCUUAAGAAGGAUGGAGCAGGAGCAUCAAUGUGGUACACCUGAGCAGAAACGGGAUGAAUUCAAAACUUUAGCCUUUGGUGCUGCUACGCCUUUCCUAAACGAAAUAACAGAUCGAUUCGUGGAUGAGCUUGAGAUAUUCCUUGCUGCGGGUUUAACUAUCGAGGCUUAUGAUGAAUUGUAUUUACAAAGCUGGAUAGGCAAUCAACCUUCUGAGAUGGUUGAAAGAAGCAAUCAAACUACCGGACACUGGGUGGACUUGCACUUGUUUGAUGACGAUAGUGAUAUUAUUUAGUGAAAUUGGCCAUAUCUCUCUGCG